CAGUGAAGAAGUUGAGGAGGUAGUGGAAGUUUCUAGAGCACAAGAAGGUUUGAUUCGGGUUUACGAAAGGGUAUUGCAGGUUGAAGGGAAUGAAGGUGGGGCAGUUGGGUGUAGAUUGCUCGCAAUUAAAAGUCAAAUUGGAGCUUUAAUGGGAAAAGGUGGCGCCAUUGUAGAUGGUAUAAGGAAAAGUACAGGUGCCAAAAUUAAGGUUUUGAAAAAAGACCAGCUUCCUGCUUGUGCUGUACCUGAAGAAGAGUUGAUUCAGAUAAUGGGUAGAACUUUGGCCGUAAAGAAAGCAUUGGUUCCCAUUUCUCGGCGUCUUCAAGUUUGCUUACCAGCUGACAGAACAACAGCCCACGUUACUUCGGAAGGCGCAGUCCGUGAACAGUCUGCGGACUUUCUUCUGGAUACCAAACCCUCGAUACCACCGUUGCAGAGAAAUGCCGUUAAUCAUUCUUCAGUAGUACAGUCAUUAUCAUCAGAUGUUGAUAGAGUUUUGAAUCUGGAUGCGGACAGUGCUCAAAGAAAAGUAGUCUUUAGAUUGCUUUGCUCUAAUGACGCUGCUGGAGGUGUGAUUGGCAAGGGUGGUAUUAUUGUCAAAGCUUUAGAGAAAGACACUGGAGCGUCUAUAAAGUUUUCCACUCCAAUUGCAGGGUCAAAAGACCGUGUUGCCACCAUAUCUUCGCUUGAAAGCCGGGAGCCAUUAUACUCACCAGCACAAGUUGCCACAGUUCGAGUGUUUGAAAGAUCUUUAGAAGCUAGCCGUGUACACAGACACAUACCUGGUGUGGGGAAGGGUGGUUCCAUAAGUGCAAGAAUCUUAGUUGGAUCGAGUGAAAUCAAAUGCCUAAUUGCUGAAUGGGAAAGAGUUUCAUCGGAAAUAGGUUUAUCGAGGGGGGUUGAAGUACAACUAUUGGGUGCAGAGCACGCUCCAAACUGUGCUGCAGAGAAUGAUAAAGUGGUACAGGUAAUGACGUAAACUACUACCUUGAUCUCUAUGACUCAAACUAUUGACAGUUCUGUCCUUCCUUAAUAUAUUUCAUGACCAUAAAAUAACUAAAUUUUGGUUCACCUCUAUGUUAACCAAUAACAAAAUGGGAAAAGAACAGACGAAAUAUCCGAUUAAAUCUCAACCACAACAAUCUCAAAUUGGAGAAUUAGGAAUAAGAAUUACUACCAAACCUGUUUCACUUGCAUUCUUGUAAGGGUGUUAUAGAAAAUAUGUUCAAAUCUUAGAUAUAUUACAGUUGGUUGAUUUUUAUGAGAAUCAGCAUAUACUGGCUUAAAUAAGGAAGUUGAGAUGACAAUUAAUUGCAUGUACUUGAUAUUUUAAGUCACUUAUGAAUCUCCAAUGGAGCUUUUACUUUUGCCAAAUUAUCAAAAGAAUUUAGGCUUUAGAUAUGGUGGAUUAACUUCAUACAACUAAAUUUUAAAUAUUCAUUAAAAUGUACCAAAUACAGUUUAAGCAUAUUCAUUAAAAUGUACCAAAUUUCGAAAAUAAAAUAAAAUUUAACAGAUGCAAUUUAAGUAUAUUCAUUAAAGUAUACCAAAUACAAUUGAAUUGUUUGCAAAUUCUUUUUUAUUUUGUUUAUGUACUUCAGGUAAUUCAGUUGUUGCAUAACCUACUUUUAAAUAAUCAACAUUGAAACAACCUAAGUUGCUUGGACUCUUCACUUUCGGUGCCGCACCUAUGUCGAUACAACGUGAAUGUGGGAUCCGUACAGAAUUUGGUCAACAGACUUUGGGUUCUUUGACCAAAAUUGACCGCGACAUUCGGGACAAAUACAAUGAUUUCUGAAAUCAAAACAAAAGAUAGGGUGUGAAAUUGAAGAAAAUGGAAUACCUUCUAUACAGAAAUUUUGAUGUCAGUAUCUCCUUCUCGGGUUCUCCUGUUGAUCAAUAUUUUCUCCUUCUCGUAAUACCUUGUAAUUUCUCCACAUAAUGUCUCUUAAUGUAGUCAUAUUUUUAUAAAUGUAUAGAUAUUUGGAUUAAUUUUUAGCUGAAUCGCCGCACCUGUAUCCGUAUCCCUGAAUCUUAAAAUUUGGAUCAUGAAAAAUCUAACCUCUAGAUUCGUUCUUGUAUCGGACACCUGCAGCCGAGUCUGUGCAACUUAGGAAACAACUAUACCUCAAGCCCAAGCUAGUUGCGUAGGUUAAACAGAAACCUACUAUUCAUUUGGCUCCAUUUGAACCCGUUCCAUUCAUUACUAGUUAAACAUUGGUUGUAGGACAUAUUACGUUUGAGGAGAAAUAUGGUUGAGAGAAUUUAACAUCGGUAGGGUGAUCAUGUUAAGAUUGUCUGCACUUGCUAGGAAGGAUAAAAUUUAUCAGGGAUUUACUGGCUUUCUUUUCUUUUUCAAGAAGGGCAUUAAAAAUCAUUUUGAGCUUCUAUUUAUUCUCUUUCAAUUUUCUUGCUUGUAUAGAUAACUAUUAGAGUUUUUCAAGCUUCUAUGGCAUGUCAUCUUGCCUCGA